AUGAUUUUUGAUGAGAAAAUAAAUGCUGAAUUAACUUUCAUAUUCAAAAUAGGAGAGCGUAAUUAAUAUUUUAGAAUGACUUUUUAUGAUAAAUAAAUGAUGACUAAAACAAAAAUUAAAAAGAGUGGUAAUGAUUUGUAGAAGAUAAAUAAAUAGAAGAUAUAGAAUAUAUAUUUUGUAUUGAAAAAUUUAGCGAAUAGUAAUAUUUUUGAAAAGUUUAAUAGUGUUAUAAAAAUAAAAUUUAAUAUCUAAUUCAGUGAGUAAGAAGUAAUAUUGUUAAAUAGCUAAAAUUAAAAUCCUAUCAACCAAUUCAAAUUUCAAAAAUAGUUGGUAAUAAAUUUACUAAGAAUCUAAUUAAUUAAUACCUCCUAAUUUAAUAGAAAGGUAAAUUUUAUAUAAAUUAUUUGUGGCAGAAGACUAAAAGCAUAUUUAAUAUAAAUUAAAAUAAUAGAAAUCAGGAAGCACACAACAAUAUUUGUUUAGAAUAAUGGAACACAAUUCAAGAAAUCAGUGAUACUCUUUUUUUUAUAUAUAUUUUUUUGUUUGUUAUAAAAAUAAAGUAAUAACCUGAAUUACUAUACUCAAUAUUAAAUUUAUUAUGAUUUAGUGAUAUAAUUUUUAUGUUUUCUAUAUUGUCGUUUAAAUUUAAAUAUUUUUUUUUUUAAUAUGAAAAAAAUAGUAUUUUUAGAUAUAAUUCAACAAAUAUUUAAAUUAUUUUAAAUUACAAUAAACUGA